UGAAAGCCCUGGAUCUGCUGUAACUUCACUGAAGCAAUGUAACUGGAACAUUUUGAAAAUUAUUUUGCCAUGUGAUCUGUCUACUUUAGACAAGAAAAGAUGCUCUUUACAGAGAGCUGCCUUAUUCUACAAAGUUACCGUUCUGGAAAUUCACCUAACUCUUUCGAGGACAGUAAGUGCUGGAUCAGAAGCACAAGGAAAGCCACCUCUUGAUUGAUUUCUACCAACUGUUUGGGCUGUGAAGAGCAGUGAUAAGCUUUCUGUGUGUUUAGGAAUGAGUGAUGCUGGAGGAUGUCGGAGUUGGAGAAAGCCUUCCGUAAAUUUGCCACGUAUGGUGACACGGCUGCCACUGGCAAUGAUAUGACGGGCAAGAACUUCUCCAAGAUGUUGAAGGAUUGUGGCGUAAUGGACGGGAAGGCCGUGACCAGCACCGAUGUCGAUAUUGUAUUCAACAAAGUCAAGACCAAAGGCGCUCGCACCAUCAACUUCGCUGAAUUCCAGCAGGCCAUGAAGGAACUGUGUGGCAAGCGGUUCAAGGGCAAGUCUCCUGAGGAGGCCCUGCAGGCUGUGUACGCACUGAUGGAGGGCAAGGAGCCAGCCAACGUGGGUGUAACGAAAACCACCACAGCUGGUGGGGUUGAUAGACUGACAGACACCAGCAAAUACACAGGCUCCCACAAGGAACGGUUUGAUGAGAGCGGCAAAGGGAAAGGGAUAGCUGGACGUGAGGACGUGACCGAUAGCAGUGGCUAUGUUGGGGCCUACAAGGGAGCUGGCACCUAUGACAAGAAACACUAGAGUUGGCACUGCACCUUAGGAAGCCCUACACCCUGUCAUCUCCUGUAGGCUAGGAGGGAGGCCAUUAAACAUCUCAUGCUCAGUGCACCUUGGAUUCUUUGUGUGUGUUACUCCUGGGGGAAUACUGCGCCACUCCAUGCACACAGAAUUCAUGUCCCUCACCGAUUUCUUU